ACGAUCUAGACAUAUUAGGAACACGACUAUCGCGGAGUUUUUCCCUCAGUUUUCCUGAUGUCAGACUGCAGUUCCUCGGGUUCAGAUGAGGAUUUGGACCCGGAGUCUGAGCUGCUAGACGAGCUCGGCGGCAAACUCAGUAAGUGGACAAACUACAUUCAUGGCUGGCAGGACCGCUGGAUUGCGCUGAAGGGCAAUAUUCUCAGUUACUACAGAUCAGCAGAUGAGAAGGAGUACGGCUGUAGAGGGUCCAUCUGUCUCAGCAAGGCUGUCAUCACACCUCAUGAGUUUGAUGAAUGCCGAUUUGACAUCAGUGUGAACGACAGCAUCUGGUACCUGAGGGCUGAACAUCCUUUGCUCCGACAGCAGUGGAUCGAUACCAUUGAACUGCAUAAGGCUGAGUCAGGCUAUGGGUCUGAGAGCAGUCUGCGGCGCCAUGGCUCUUUACUGUCCCUCACCUCUGCUGCCAGUGGCCUCUCCACCGCCUCCGCAUCCUCCUUAAAGAAAGCGUAUAGCCUGCAGGAGAAGCUAGCAGAGAUGGAGACCUUCCGGGACAUUCUUUGCAGGCAGGUGGACACACUGCAAAAGUAUUUUGACAACUGCGCAGACACUGAAAGUAAAGAUGAGCUCCACAGGGACAAAGUAUCUGAUGAAGAAGAAGAUUUUCCAACUUUGCGACCAGAUGCUGAUUAUCUGCUCAACAAUAACAACAGCAGCAAAGAGAAAUCGUUCUUUGUGAACACCCUCAAAGAUCCUGCAGGCAUUGAUUUCAAGGGUGAAGCCAUCACAUUUAAAGCCACAACGGCAGGAAUCCUGUCUACACUGUCCCACUGCAUCGACAUUUUAGUCAAACGAGAGGAGAGCUGGCAGAAACGACUCGAUAAGGAAAUUGAAAGACGAAGACGAGCUGAAGAUGCUUACAAAGCAGCACUGACAGAGCUGAAGAAAAAGCCUCAUUAUGGAGGACCAGACUAUGAAGAAGGACCAAACAGUCUGAUCAACGAAGAGGAGUUCUUUGAUGCUGUGGAAGCUGCGUUGGAUAAGCAUGACCAAAUCGAAGAGCAAUCCCAGGUGGAAAGGAGCAGGGCAUCUCGACAGAUCUCGCUCACUCCAGACACCUUUUCCUCCAUCAGCACUCAGAAAUACUUGACAAAGCCUCACAGUCACACGUCCUCCUUGUCCUCCGUCGACCUCAUAAGUGCCUCAGAUGACGUGCACAGGUUCAGUGCUCAGGUUGAGGAGAUGGUGCACAGUCACAUGACGUAUUCUUUACAGGAUGUUGGUGGAGAUGCUAACUGGCAACUGGUUGUUGAAGAAGGAGAUAUGAAGGUGUACAGGAGAGAGGUGGAGGAGAACGGCAUUGUUCUGGAUCCUCUUAAAGCCACUCAUGCUGUCAAAGGAGUCACAGGUCAUGAGGUCUGCCACUACUUUUGGGACACCGCUUAUCGGAAUGAUUGGGAGACUACUGUUGAAAGCUUUCAAGUGGUUGAGACGCUCUCAGAUCAAGCGUGCAUCAUUCACCAAACACUGAAGAGAGUGUGGCCUGCUUCCCAACGAGAUGUGCUUUAUGUGUCAGUUAUGCGUAAAAUUCUGUCCACCAAUGAGAACGAUCCAGACACCUGGCUGGUCUGCAACUUCUCAGUGGAUCAUGAUGGUUAUCCACCUUCUACUAGAUGCAUUCGUGCCAAAAUCAACGUAGCCAUGAUUUGUCAAACACUAAUCAGCCCACCAGAGGGAGACAAAGAGAUCAGCAGAGACAACAUCAUCUGUAAAAUCACAUAUGUCGCCAAUGUAAAUCCUGGUGGUUGGGCCCCUGCGUCAGUCUUGCGAGCCGUAGCCAAGAGAGAAUAUCCCAAAUUCCUCAAGCGCUUCACCUCGUAUGUUGAAGUGAAGACCAGCAGUGAGGCCAUCCUCUUCUGAACAACACGAGGUUCUCUACAUUUACACAUUGUUUCCUCAAUCGCCUGACGAACGGCCUUAUUCUCACUGAUCCACCAUCACUCCCACCAUAGAGCUGCUCUGUCCAAGUGCUCCUGACACUCUUUAUAAACCUUUUUCAAUCUGCAUUCAUACAGACUGAACAGCAACAGUACACCAACAAACACACUAGACCCACAUCACCAACACAAUCUGUUCACAUUCAAAAGGCCUUACUUGAGUUUUUCCCCCUUUCAGGGUUUUGUUAAAGUGUUUUACUUUUUGUAAAUAUUUGAUCAUAGUUUGAGUAUGGUCUUAAUUAAAUAUAUACACUGUAAACUUGAUGCCUUGAUCCAAUCUCAGCUGAUCGUGAGUUUUCUCACUGGCCUUGUUAAAUAGCCAUUUGUCUUAUGAAAAUUAAGUAGACUCCAGACUUGAGAUCUUUUGUACAGCUAGUCUGAAUGUGUAACGACAUGUACAUGUGAAGCCAUUACACAUUUAGAGUUUUGUCAUUCAUAAAUAAUGAUUUUGGCAAAGUGUACAUUCAUUGGGAACUGCUUGUAUAUAAUUUAAUCAUGCUGAAAAUGAAGAGGGUAUUUUGUUCGGGCUAUGAAAAGUUCGUUUUUUUUUUUUUGUUUUGUUUUUUAGAAAUUGUUCACCCAAAAAUGAUUUAGUCAAUUAGAAUUAGUCAUUAGAAUCAGUAGAUGUAAAUGGCUUUUUCCUUAAGUAGAACAUGAAAGAAGAUUUUUAGCUUAAAAUUGUGGUCUUUGGUGAUUCAUAAUCUACCAGCAAUUUCAGAGUCAAAUGAAUAGUUGUGGCUUAAUAUUAUAUUUAGGUGGAUCUAAAGGUCAUAAUAUUAUAAAUAAUGUUCCUUCUCUUUGACAGUAUGAUUGUUUCUGUUCCAGACAUUAGUGUAUCAGCAGCAGCCAUAAGUAUUCAUUUUAUUUUGCCUGUUUUUGUGUCUUUGGCUCUCAAACAGUAACCAUUGGCUAGCUAAACAUCUUCUUCAAUGUUCUACUGAAGGAAAAGUCACGUCUUAAAUGCUGAGGGGAAGUACAUUAAAAAGCAUUUCGUUUUUGGGUAAACCAUCCCUUUAAAUUCCAGACAUUUUGAUAAUAAUAAUAAUGAUAAUAAUAGUAAUAAUAGGUUUUAAAAGUGGUUUCACAAUGACUUUCCACUUUUGUUUUGUUUGCUUAAUAAACGGCUCAGCAAUUAUUAAUCUA